GAACGUGGAGAAGUUCAUUUAAUCUAAUUUUCACCAUAAAUUUUAGCACAUGUAUUCUUUGUUUAACAAUAGGUCCUUCUAUAUAUCUAAAGCAUAUUUAUAGAUUUAAAUUUUCCCAUGGCGGCUGUUCAUGGAUCUGGAAGCUCUGUGGUACUGGAUGUGAACCCCGAUAUGGUCCAGGAAGAUUCGAUUAACCAAUUAGCAGAUGAUGGUAACCAACUGAACAGCAAGCGUUACUAUCGAGCAACAAAAGGUGAUUUCCACUCUUUUGAGCAAAUCGACGCAGACAGUCUCACGCAACUGGUGACGCGAGUCGAUGAGAACACAAUCUUGCAUAUUUGCAUAACAGCGGCCAUACCUUAUUACCAAAGGAAAAUAGCCAGAACUGAAUCAGUUGACUUUGUGAACCAGGCUCUUGCACAGUGCAAAGAACUGUUAUGGCAGCCCAAUAAAAAGGGUGAAACGAUAUUCACAUUGAUGAAAAAUGUAGUGAGAGACACGGCCUUACAUGAGGCUGUGCGCUGUACUUACCUCCAAGUGGUGAAGAUAUUGAUCGAUGAAGACCAUUGUUACCAAUAUGGUCUAGAUAAUGAUGGUGAGACUCCACCAUACAUAGCUACAGAAAUGGGAGCUCGCCACGUUGUAGAGGAGAUCUUAAAAUGUGAAUCACCAGAUUACCAUGGGCCGCAUGGAAGAACUACUCUCCAUGCUGCAGUUCUCUGCAAAAAUGAUGAUAUCACACUGCCGUUGGUUUUUCAGGAUGCUGCCGCAGAUCUUCACCAUGCUACCAAGGUGCUAUAAAUACCCGAUAAUGAGAUCAAGCAAAGGAUCGACAUCUCACAAAACAAACUCAACACAAUUUCUCUUUACGCUCAGAAUCAUUUUAGUUUCAAACCUUUUAAUUUAGUUUUAACUCUAUGCUUCAGCUUAGAUUAAUUUAGCAAUUCCGUUCUCCUUUUGUCAGAUCUAUAAUGAUGAGUUUCAUUGCCUUCAGUGGUAUUUCUUUGUGAUCGGAUUGCUUCCUUUCCUUUUCUAUUUUCCAAGUUUCCUUUAAUUAAAUUAAAUGAUGUCGACAUUU